AUGGCGCGCACCCUGCCCCGGGCAUCAAAAUGUCAGAUUCCGGACUCCGCAGGACUCGUUCCCAAUUUAACUCAAGCGCCAUUUAUUGCGACGAGUCAAGGAAUUUAUCUUAGUAUUUUUCUGACCGAACCCGUCUUGUUUCUCGAGGGAUACAUGAAGGAUGACCCCAGCACGAAGAAAUGCACUGUCCUCCGGGGACAAUUGUGCUUGAAAUUCACUGAAGUCACCAAGGUUAAGAAGAUCUGGGUCCGCUUUCAGGGGCAGGUACAGAUGGAAAGGCCAGAAGGAGUCCCGCUUCUUACUGCUUAUUCUAUCAUCUUUCGCCAAGCAGCAGACUGUGUUGGUAAAAGAACAUUAUUCACGCAAGGUGUGACCUAUAUCGACCGCGGGGAUACGGUAAUAAAGCGCAACAUUUUUGGGGCAGACUUCGUUCAACUCUCCGAUGUUGCGUCCCCGGCAAGCGAGAAAGCCAAUGUGAUAGCAAGCACGGAUGAACUUCUCUGUACCAACAAGUCGCUUGCAUCAAAGAGGGUGAAAAGCUGCUCGUUCCAGCCAGGCUGCUCUGGGGAAGUUUCCAGGAAGUGUUUAAAAUGCAACGCAGCCCAGUGCCAGCCCAAUUACACAUUAUUUCCCGCGGGUGAUUAUCUGUAUAGCUUUGAAUUUCUCGUUGAUGGCUCGCUACCGGAAAGCAUCACGACAGAACUGAGCUCUAUUCAUUACAACCUGGAAGCUGCUAUUGAACCGUCCGGCCCUCCUCACUCCACUCUUACCGGCAAGUUGGACAUUCCUGUCGUUCGUCUACCAACAGAGAGCUCACUAGAGCUGAGUGAGCCCAUUACAAUUUCUCGAAUUUGGCGCGAUCAGCUCGCUUACGGGGUGAAUAUCUUGGGAAAAUCAUUUUCCUUGGGCUCCCGAAUCCCCAUCAGCCUAAAAUUGACCCCUAUGGCCGAUUUAUUUUGUGAUUGGAUUAAAGUAUAUGUGACCGAGCAUGUGCAACAUUGGACAAGUGGCAAGAUAUCUCGCCGCCUACUACUACCCCCAAAGAAGGUACUCUUAUUCGAAAAAAAAGCUGGACUUGAGGAUGUGAGCACCUAUCCUGGCAGUGAAAUGCACAUCAUCUCUGAUGGUGGCAUGGGAGGCACUGACAAGGCAUCAAUUAUGAAGGGUAACAGCGCAAAUUUGCUGGGAUAUAUUUCAAACGAUAUUGAAAUCGAGCUGAAGGUUCAGCUGCCUAGCUGUCCUGAAAUGAAGCGCAGGGACAAAACUCAGUCGCUCAAUUUUGACACAGAUGGUGCAAGCCUCAAGGUCAAUCACUGGAUCCAGAUUGUGUUAAGUCUCUCAAAGUUGGAAAAUGGCGACCCAAGCUGGAAAAAGCCAGUCGAGAUGACUCUCCAAUCUCCAUUUCGCAUACUGUCUUGUAAGGCCACUCCGGCCAACAUUUUUGUUCCAGCAUACGAGGUGCAAAGUGAUGACCUCGCGUGUGCAGUGCAAAGAUGUCGAUGUGAUUGUGCCCCGGUUGUUUUAUCAACAUUGAGCUCAUCUGCACAGGAAGCCGCGUUCCAGCAACAGGACAACUCUAUCAACAAAGGAAUUUCAGAAAGAUCAACGCUAUCAUCCAAUUUCUUCGACAGAUCCUGUGGCAUCAAACCACCUCCCCAAGCCUAUAUCAGUGAGGGAAAUGGUAAUGCUCGUCAUUUUUUACAACUAUUCCGUCCUCUCACUUCGGCCCGAAGCACAGCUGGAGAUACAGAGCUGCGGCCCCUAUCAUUGACUUCCCCUCCAAGAUAUGGUUGGCCUGGCUAA